CCAACGAGUACGUUGACCAAAGAGAUAACGAAAAAAAAUGACAAGUAGAUACCAAUUAGGACACCCACCCAGUUCCAUUAUUUGUGUUUCCAUGAGAAGCUUUGGUUAAGGCACAAAACCAAAUCACUCUGAUCUGAUCUGAUCUGAUCUUUAACUUUCUGGUUGCUUCCUUGUCCAUUGAUCAUUUCCAAAAAGGGUUUUAGCGAGAUCGAUCUCCAUAUUAGGUGCUAGCUUCAUUUAGUUUUGAGUCUACCAUAUAGAACAACUCGAUCAAUUGGAAUACGAACAACAAUUUCAGAUGUCUCUUUCGUUAGCUGAAGAUUACCGGAAGCUGCUUCAAAAGCGAGAUUCUGUCUUGAGUAGAGUUGAAAAAGCAAAGGAAAAAGAUGAAAUAAUCAAUGAUGCUGUUGGGAAGUGGUUACAUGAAGUGGAUGAACUAAUAAAAGAGAUGAGUAGUGGGAAAAAGAAAGGAGCUUAUAAUAACAAUUUCAGCUCUAUGAAAGAUGCUUCAGAGAAACUCUUGAAGGCACUCCAAGAUGAUAGAUACUCUAGAAUAGAACUGUGUGGGAAGAGGGGUUCUGGUAAAACAACAUUAGUGAAAUCUGAGACAAAGAAGUAUGAAAAGAUAUUUUCUAGGGUUAUAUUUCUCAACAUGUUCAAAAAAGAUUUGAAGAGCAUGAAUGAGGAAAUGGCUAACUUACAAAGAAGAGAGAAAACAAACUCGGAAACUACUCUCUUCAUCUUGGAUAACUUUCCCACACGGCAUUCUUUGGACGACAUAGGUCUUUCUCGGUCUACACUCGGUCCACAGCGCAAGGUCCUUUUGAUCACGGACGAUGAAGCGGACUGCACUAGGCAUUACAAGUUCAUUUCGCAGCGAAAAAGGAUUUGUGAUAGUUCAAUUUCUAUGGAGCGCAUAUCGGAUGACGAAGCUUGGGAGCUUCUGCAUAACCUUACUACAGGCAUUGAUUCCAGAUUGGAUCUAUUAAAUGUGGCACGGGAAGUUGCUUUACAAUGCAAGGGCUUACCCGGUUUAAUCAACGACGUCGUGUCUUCCUUAGAUAACAAGAACACUAUGAAGUACUGGAAAGAAUCAUUAGACAAUCUACACCAUUCAACAGCUUGCCACCAUAUUUAUUUCAGCGCUAAUAUAGAAUCUGCUUGCCUUGAAUUUACAAAAAGUCUCCAUGGCGCUUUGGUCCAACAAGGUUUCAAGAUCAUCCCAAAGGCAUCAUUUCAUUUAUCCCGCAAAAAUUUUAAAGGUCUUGAGGAAGAAAUUGCGAAAUCAAGGUGCUCAAUCAUCGUCAUAUCAAAAGAAUAUGCAAGAGAUUUUAAGGGUCUUCAGGAACUUGUUAAGAUCCUUAAGUGUAAGGAAACUAUUCAACAACUGAUUCUUCCAAUCUUCUAUAACGUGGAUCCCUCAGACGUAAGGGAUGUGAAAAGAAGUUUUAAGGAUGGACUUCAGCAUGCUAAGGAGAAUGCCAUGGAAGAGAUGAAACAACUAUACAAUGAAGAGGCUAUGCUGAAAGAAUGGACUUCAGCUCUCUAUGAACUUGGCAGAUUGCCUGGAAAACAGUACAUAAAAGGGUCCCAAGAUAAUUUUAUCCAAGAGAUUAUAGAUCAUGUCAAAAAUAAUAAACAUCGCUUGCAUGUAAAGCAUGUAAAUGGACAAGAAGGAAGAUUGUGCUCAUACGACAAGGACUGCACAGGGGACUGAUCUUGAAGUGAAGACAGAAGUGAUUGCAAGCGGUUUUUGGCUACCAAAGGAUAUAUUGUUGUUGCAAUAUAAUGCUCCUCUUCAAUAGUAGCAAGUAGUUUUUGGACAUUUCACUUCGGAUAGUAAUUUGUCAUGGUGAAUAAUAAAAUAGUUGGAGAAGAUUCUUUUAAGGCAAACUUGUUUUUAAACUUUGCAAUUAAUAAUGUACCUGCUCUUGGUUUAAUCUCAAUUGUAUUUUUUACUCAAUAAAAGUCUACAAGUUAAAAAA